AUUUUAGGUGAAAAGAAAAUAGAAGAUGAAGGUUUACUACAGCCAGGUUCACAUUAUUUCCCUUUUGAAUUUACUCUUCCAUCGAAACUACCCUCAUCCUUCAAAGGCAAACAUGGCCGUUUACGUUAUUUUGUCCGAAUGACAAUAUAUUCCCCUGGUGGACCCCAUCAUGAACGAACAAGUAAAUUUGCUGUGAUAGGAUCUUUAGAUCUAAAUGCUGAACCAGAUGCAGCGCUUCCAGUUGAGAAUGAUACAUUUGAAACAGUGGGAUCAUGGUGCUGUAUAUCAGGGACAGUGACUGCCUCAGUAAAACUUGAUAGAAAAGGUUAUACUAUAAAGGAAGCAAUACCCGUCUGGGCACAGAUUAAAAAUCUCAGUACAAGACGUUUAGCUUCCACACAAGUUUCUUUAAUUCAGAAUGUAACAUAUUAUUCAUAUCGUGGUAGAUUUAGUGAAUGUACGGUACUAGUGACUAUACAUAAAGGAAGUGUAGCUCCCCGCAGUAAACAGACGUGGAAUAGAGAGUUAUUAAGUAUACCUACAGUACCGUCCUCUCAUCUUCGUGGCUGUAAAAUUAUUGAUGUUCAGUAUAGUAUAGAGUUAUGUAUCAAGCCAUCAGGAUUAGGACGUAAAGUGAAAUUACCGGUGGAUAUUGUGAUAGGAACAACUCCAUUA